GUCCUACUUUUCGGCACCUUGUUCAUCCGUUUCUUCUCACUUCUCAGCUACUUCUACUUCCGCAUCUUCUUCUCUGUGCCUUCCCACCGAUUCAACUCUCAGAGAAGCUCAGAAAAUGGGAUUCGAGAAGAUCAAGGUCGCCAAUCCUAUCGUCGAAAUGGACGGUGAUGAAAUGACCCGAGUUAUUUGGAAGUCAAUCAAGGACAAGCUUAUUCUCCCCUUUCUCGAGCUGGACAUUAAGUAUUUUGACCUAGGCCUACCUCAUCGUGAUGCUACUGAUGAUAAAGUGACGGCUGAAAGUGCAGAAGCAACUCUGAAGUAUAAUGUGGCAAUUAAGUGUGCAACUAUAACUCCAGAUGAAGCUCGUGUGAAGGAGUUUGGUCUGAAGCAAAUGUGGAAGAGUCCUAAUGGGACAAUUAGGAACAUCUUAAAUGGAACUGUCUUCAGAGAGCCAAUCCUUUGCAAAAAUAUCCCUCGCCUUGUUCCAAGUUGGACAAAGCCAAUCUGUAUUGGAAGGCAUGCUUUUGGUGACCAAUAUCGGGCCACUGACACAGUAAUUAAAGGGGCUGGAAAACUGAAGCUGGUUUUUGUACCAGAAGGGAAAGAUCAGCCGACUGAAUAUGAAGUUUUCAACUUCACUGGUGAAGGAGGUGUUUCAUUGGCGAUGUAUAACACUGAUGAGUCCAUCCGUGCUUUUGCAGAGGCUUCAAUGUCAACUGCUUACCAGAAAAAGUGGCCUCUAUAUCUUAGCACAAAGAAUACGAUUCUGAAGAAGUAUGAUGGAAGAUUCAAGGACAUUUUUCAAGAAGUUUAUGAGGCCAGCUGGAAAUCAAAGUUUGAGGCUGCUGGUAUAUGGUAUGAGCAUCGGCUCAUUGAUGAUAUGGUGGCUUAUGCUCUCAAGAGUGAAGGAGGAUAUGUAUGGGCUUGCAAAAACUAUGAUGGAGACGUUCAGAGUGAUUUCUUAGCUCAAGGUUUUGGUUCAUUGGGUUUGAUGACGUCUGUACUGGUGUGCCCUGAUGGCAAGACUAUAGAAGCCGAAGCAGCCCACGGAACAGUUACUCGACAUUUUAGGGUUCAUCAGAAAGGUGGGGAAACCAGCACAAAUAGCAUAGCAUCCAUCUUUGCUUGGACAAGAGGGCUAGCCCACAGGGCAAAGUUGGAUAAUAAUACCAGGCUGUUGGACUUCACUGAAAAACUGGAGGCAGCUUGCGUUGGAGCAGUAGAAUCAGGGAAGAUGACCAAGGAUUUGGCCCUAAUCAUUUAUGGAUCCAAGGUUUCAAGGGAGCGAUAUCUGAACACACAGGAAUUCAUUGAUGCUGUAGCAAGCGGGCUGAAAGCAAGACUUUGCGCUUAGGCUUCAUAUUGAUUCAUUUCAUGUAUGAUCACAGAAAACAGAUUAUAUGGGCUCUUACUUUGGAAUGGGCCGAUUUAUGGGACCCGGAAGGGGAAGACAAUGAUUUGCACCAUAUUCAUCAUUUCUUGUCUUCGCAUUUUUCGAUCGAACUCUAUCUUUUCAGCAAGUUAUUGUUUAUUAAAAUGCA